UUGAUGGUGGUAGUUGUUUGAAGCGGCAAUUGACAUUCUAUGCCAGUAAAGUCAGUGACUUUUCGACAUUCGAGAGAGGAAGUUAACGUUGUGACAGUUUAAGAUGAUGGAGGACGCUCGUUAAACGUUUUGCCGCGUUCAAGUAAUUAAUGGUGUGUUCAGUAGUGCGGUGGUUGAAAGUUGUAAAAUAAAAUUGUUCUUAUGAAAAGCACAAAGCAUUAUUGAAUAAAUGGUGGUUAGUUGGCGCUGUUACAGAAGGUCGAAGUUGUAAAUAUAAGACCCGUGUUCGUGUGUUUGUGCAACAUUUGCAAAUUAGCUCUAAUGACAGAUGUGCAAUGAGUUAAUGACACCGUUUGGAAAUAAGGUGAAUAUGUGUAUUAAACACAAAAAUUACUAGUGAAAUAGUGAAACUUAACGUUAAGUGUGAAUUUCAAUAAAAUAAUAAAAGUUGAGAAAUAUAAAAAACCCAAAGAGAGAUCGUAAGUGAGCGCUAAGCUAAUGACUCUUUAUUGCAUAAAAAAAAUUUUAAUAUUGCCACAUACAAACAUAUGCACAAAUACUGCAGAAAUAAGAAUAUUGUAAAUGCAAAGCAAUUCAUAGCGUUGCAUUCCAUUGGAUUAUGGAGUAAAUGCAAAACAUAAAUAUUUACAAGCCCGUUGCCAAGCUAACGCGUAAAAGCGAAAACAAACAACAAAAGGGAACAUAGCAAACAAGUGUUUUCAUACCAAUGCACCAACUCUGCCUGCCAUUUUCUUAUAUGCGUGCGUGUGAAAAGCUGCUGAAUUAACACAACAACAAAUAAAAGUGUGUUUAAGGUGUGCAAAUAAAAACGCAAGAAAUAAUAAUAAGUAGUGCAAAUAACCGUAGCCGUAGCGUAAAGCGUAUAUUUAAUAAAAUAUUCCAUAACAGUGAAUUUACAAAAGAAAUUAAGACAAUAUUUCCAUAAAGUGAAAAAUAAAAAACAAAUACUAUAUAGCACAGCGAAACAACGAUUUAAAUAACAAAUAACAACAACAAGAAACGAAAACGGCACCCACAACGCCAGUAAUGAGUUGAAUUUGGGCGAUAAACACGUUUGCCUUCACCGCGUCCAGCGCGUCGCGCUUACACGUACAAAGCAAUCUAUAAGCCAUACACUUAAAUCCACAUCGCGUGGCAGCGCGCGGCUGCAGAGUGUACACCAUACCCACAGCAGCCCUACACACACCUAAACGCCGCUCAGCCCAAAAACAACGGGCGCCUUAAGUAAACCCCAUUACAUUCUGACCAAUUCGCUGCACAACAGUCAGCUGAACUGAGCAAAUUAACUUUGCUCUAAGCGUGGAAUAGCGCGCACACGGCGUGCUCUCGCUUGAUUUGCGUUUGAGCUAACCUGUCAUAGCACGCCAAUAUACAUACAUAUGUACGUGCAUACACAUACGAAUACUGUCCGUGUGUGUUUUACCUUUUUGUCGUAGCACCGUUGCUGACGCUCUGCGCUUAUUGAAGUUUUCGUGGCUUUAACACCUUUGCGCGAGCUUAAAUACCAGCGUACAGUGCCUAAUUCUCAUAUUGUGCGCUUGUGUUUGUGUUAACGCGUUUCACACACAUGCAUAUGUACGUUUGUUUAUACUCACACCAAACCGUGGACUUGUGUGCGCGAAAGAAAUAAAAAAAGUGUUGUGGUAGCCGACUUAAAUCCGCAUGUGUUGGUGUAUUCAAAUCUUAAUACUGAAAAUAUUGGAGCUCUCGCAAAGCAGCAAUACAUAUAGGCAUAAAUAUUGAAAUAUACUGAAAUACACUGAAUAAAUUUUCCGACAGCACGCACAGAAGACAAGAGAACGUUCAAAAUGGGUGACUGCUGUCAAUCAUGUAUGUCCCGCAUACCAUAUGCCACAUUAAUAGCGACGCUCAUGUGCCUGCUUGGCGUCGGCAUAUUCUGUGGCACGAUGUAUCGAGGCGCCUCGUUGACGGUGAUUAUGAUGGAUCAAGUGUUUCAUUUACAUCUAAUUUGGAUUGAAGCGAUUCAAAUGAUUUUCGUCAUAAUUGCUGCGGGAAUGGCGGCGCUUGGCUUCAUGAUACUCUUCGUUGGUUUCCUCGCAACUGGAGCGACACGGUACAAGGUCUAUCGCGCGUGGCGUUCACGAGUGGGUGGACGCAUCUCGUGCGCAGUGUUCAUGGGCAUCACAUAUCUGCUAAACUUCGUUUGGAUAUUGAUUCUAUGCUUCUUGGUCAUAGUCACCUUCAUCUACACCAUGUUCUGGAAUAUGUGCUCAAGUGUGGAACGUUCGCUCAGCUGCAUCGAUUUAACACAAUUUCAUUUCAUGUUCCCGCCAAACACAAAACAGGAGGAUAUGAAAAUCUGCGAUAAAUAUGAGAUUAAAGCCUUCUGCAAGGAUGGCGUCGAGAAUGCCGAAGUCAUGUUUAUACUCGCUACAUUAGCUGCCCUACUCGUCAUACUCAGUCUGGUGCACUAUCUCAUGUGUCUGGCUGCCAAUUAUGCGCACAUCAGAGAUCAUGAAAAAUUCCAAGAAUUACAAGAGAUUCAAAAUCUCAAUGAACUCGAGUAUAGCGCAACGUCAAAGGAUCGUUUCUAGGACAUAUUUCAGAAGAUUCAUUUUGAGCUUAAAGAGAAAUGAGCGAACAAAGCAGUGGAGAGAAAAUUA